AUGCUACCUUCCUUUAUCAACCGAGUGUCACUUGCGCCAGGAAUGGUUAUCCACAGUUGCAUCCAAGCGAUUGGCCUCACAGCUGCAGACGUGGUGACGACAAGGUUUUGUGUCGCUAAAAAGACUCGUGAAGGAGGAAGAAAGCGAGAAGAACGACGCAAACGACGAGAGACGCAGCAGCUGGUUAUGAGGAGCUCGUGUGGCGGUCGUGCAAAACCAGGGCGCUCGCCACGCUUUCAGCCAAUGAGCGGAGCUCACUGUCCCACCAAAACAAAAAGCGAGUUAAAGCAGCAGACGACGCGACGGCUCUCGGGAACGCGCACGUCGAGGUCUCGCGCAGCUCGAGCUCUCAUCGUCUUCCCCUUUCUCUCUCCCUCUCUCUCUCUCCUCGUGGUGUGA